UUGGUUUAUGGCAUGUCCGUUCCUACAGUGCGUUGUUGCGGGGCCGAAACAGGCUGAAGCAUGGCAGUACCUACCGGCAGAGCUGUGGUAUUCGUAACCGGGAACGCGAAAAAAUUGGAAGAGGUCGUUCAGAUCCUUGGUGACAAAUUUCCCUACAAACUGAUUUCUAAGAAGAUUGACUUGCCUGAAUAUCAGGGAGAACCAGAUGAGAUUUCUACACAGAAGUGUCUAGAAGCAGUCAGGCAGGUGGAUGGGCCAGUGCUGGUGGAGGACACCUGUCUGUGCUUCAAGGCGCUAGGAGGACUACCAGGACCUUACAUAAAAUGGUUCUUGGAUAAACUGAAGCCUGAAGGAUUGUAUAAAUUGCUGGCAGGUUUUGAAGAUAAAUCAGCCUGGGCUCUGUGUACAUUUGCUUUCUGUGCUGGAAAAGAGGAGCCAGUUCAGCUGUUCCGAGGAAGAACCGAGGGCCGUAUUGUUGAGCCCAGGGGUCCAAGGGAUUUUGGCUGGGAUCCUUGUUUCCAGCCUGAUGGUUAUGAAAAAACUUAUGCUGAGCUCCCUAAAGAAGUGAAGAACAGCAUCUCCCAUCGGUACCGUGCCCUGGCAGCCUUGUCGGAACACUUCUCCCAGCAAAACGACACACCAGAGACCAAGCGCACAAAACACCAGGACUGAGUUCUGUUCUCUUUCCAAGCAGAAUCGGCCAAUCACAGCUCAGUUUGGCUCUUCCUCAAAUCAAUGCACUAAUGUGCUGAUCUUAAACGCUUUAAUAUGUACUCCAUCCUCUUUGUCUUUUAAAUAA